UAAUUUUUGUAUAACAAAAAUAUAUAAAGACUGCAAAGAUUUUUGUUACAACCUAGUGCUUGAAUAAAAAAGAAAAGCGUGACAAGUACGAAAAAUCUUGAUCAACGAAUAUCAGCGACUGUUUACAUCACAUAAAAACAAUUUUCCGUCCGGUCUCGGACAAUUUCGAUGAUGACCCCAUCUUUCUUGGUCCGUGGUCAGAACAACAAAAUAAAGAUAACACCAGAAUGCAUAAACCCUUCGUUUCAUACAUCGGAAAUAUUGUCAGAUUGAAAAAACCACAUGGCGUGGUUAUUUUUUAACUUCGAAAACAUUUUAGAUAUUUUCUUUUUUAAGAAUUGGGUUUUUUUUUCUUCUCAAAUUAUAUUGCCAUAAUAGUUAAUAGAAAAAUUGUUUUUUUGAAAAAAUUACUCUUACUGUACUCGUACUUUCCCACAUAUGACAAGAGAUUGAAUAAAGGACCCGCCGUGAGCCUCUGUAAGUGAAGAAUAUAAAAUUCGAAUUCGUUUCACUGUGGAAUUUCUUUACUUUUUUCUUUAUCAACCGGCAAUGAAUCAUUUGAACCUUUACUCCUUUCACCUCCGGAAAUAACAAAAGUUUUAUUUUCGAUAUACAUUGUCGAGGAAGAGAAAACUCUUCUCUUGAACCUUCUUCAAACUAUCAACAUUUAAGUAAAACUUCACAUUUUCCACUUCGUAAUGUCACCUGGUUUUAAUUAAAGCAAUUUUACGCCUAGAAGCCACAUGAAUUUUUUCUCAUUGUAUAUUACUGAAAUAACAAGCGUCAGUAUAUUAGAAAAGAAAAACAUGUAAAAAAAUCAAUAUGUAUAAUUAAACAAUCUUCAGUCGCCUGUCAUUCACUUCCUUCUUCAGUUACAUCAAACUGAAAAAACUAAAUUCUAAAAAUAAAUUAACCCAUCGACAAAAAAAAACUACAGUUAAUGUAAUACAUAAUAAGCAAACUUUACGGCUAAGGGUCACCAGUACUGCAAUUAUCAUUCGACAAUUAAGCCCAUCAGGAUUUGUUUUCGAAUGCCUUUCAUGUUUUCUAUGAUUUUCUCUCGUUCCCAUGCGUAUCAACACAAUUUUAUAAACGCUCUAAAAGGGUUUACCACAAUGAACAAAUUGCAGUACGUUUCUCGCUUACUUCCUGGACUCUGAACACUGGUCCUCCAACUGCUCUGAAAUCGGUUUGAAACCUCGAAAUAAUAUUUUUUUUAAUAAAUAAAUAAAUGACUCGUGGAAGAAAAUUAAAAAAGAAAGAGGCAAGGAGGCGCGAAUUGGAAAAGAGGGAAGUUGCCAAGCCUGAACACGACGAUAAAGUGAAUCAUGAGAGAAACGUCUCGGUCUCGACCUUAUUCAAAAGCGAGGACAUCGUUGAAAUAACCAACAUAUUGAACAUAGCCGAACUGGACGAUUCCAAUGUGUUUCUGGGAGCUGUCGUUCUCGGAAGGUUUCACAUCGUCAAAAAAUUAUUGAGAGAAGGAUAUUCAUUGGAAAAAUGCGCAGAGGAUGGAACAAGUCCGAUGCUGUGGGCAGUAAAACUGAAACUGGUUGACAUGGCCGAUUUUCUGAUCCGAAGAGGAGCCAACGUUAACAUGACUGAUGGGGAAGGGAACAAUGCUUUUCUACUGGCCCUGCAAACUUCAUCAUGGGAUCAAGAUACCUUCAUGGAUUUCUGGUUGAAAAUCAAAGACACAGAAAUCAAUGUCAACCAUGCAAAUAAACUAGGUAACACUGUCAUCCAUUACAUGGUCAAGAGGCAAUGGGACACGGCCCUAGAACUUGUUGCUUCGACAUCAAGAGUAAAUUUGAAUACUGUUACUUGCAAAGGAGUUACAGCAUUAAUGAUGGCCUGCUCAAGACACCAAGAGGCAUGCAUUUCUACUCUACUAAAGCACAAAGCAGAUCUGUGGAUAGAAGACCAAAGAGGGUGCACUGCUUUGUGUUAUGCAAUUGCUUAUUUCAUUCAAAAGAGGUUAGAAAUGCCUAAUCAACCAAUUGAAAAACUUCUUAAAGCUCUUGAUCAAUCAACACCAAAGCGUUCUUUAAAUGCCUACCUGCAGAGAAGAUUUGAACUUCUACAUGAUCCUCCAGAAGAUAAUUUUGGUAACACAGUCUCAUCCAUUAUAAUCCAUGUCAUUACAUUUGCGACAAGAUGUAUCAAGAAGGGUGUGACUGCAUUUUUAGAAAUAAGAGUAUUUAAGCUAAUCAAAGAUAUUGCUGAAAAGCACAUGGAUGAUGGAGACUACAUAUUGGCAAUACUAGGUGUUUUGUCUGAAAUACUAAGAUUCUGUGAUUGUUGUAUGAAUCAUAUUCCAAAAGAUGAGUUAUUCACAUCAUUUUAUGAGUCUGGUUUUCCAAAUACUUGUUUGCGUAUUUUAAAAAGAUUUGGUGCUUCAACAUUUUCAAAUUCUCAUAUCCAUACAGUUUUACUGCCUUUGUUUUUCACAUGUAAACACCCAAGUUCAAAAACAUGGAUAAAGAAAAACUACAAAACACUAUUCUAUUAUUAUAAAAAUUCCACCCACUCUACGCCUCCUUACAUGAGUCUCUAUCCAAAUGAUAAACAUUUAACUCUAGUCAGAAAGACAAGUGGUGAUUUUAAAGCCGUUCUGACAGAAUUCCAAAACAACGAAAUUGUUCUCGAUGAUAAAACAAAAAAGAAAAAGUCCGAUGUUAAAGCUGCAAGUAAGAUCCCUGAAGAAAAGCCUGUUAAAAUAUUAGAACCAGUUGUGAAGAAGUCAGAAGACAAUGAAAUUAAACGCAAAUGUUCAGAAGACAACUUAAAGAGAGCUCAGAUUGAAGAGAACAAUGCUAAAGUUAAAGUAAUUGCAACAAAGACUCUAGAGCAACCACCUUUGAAAAAAGCAAAUUCUAAAUUACAAAUUAAGGAAAAAACCUCUGAAGAAGCACUCGGUCCUAAAACGAGUAAUGCUAAAGACACUUCCUACUGGUCCUUGAAUUCUUCCUCUGAAUUGUUCCGAGAUUCUUUCUCAGCUGACUUUGGCGGGGAAGUAGUUGCGAGCACCCCUACUAUUUACCCAAAUUGGCAAGAAGACUUUAAAGAAGGUUGUGAUUUAUUUGGAAUAUCCGAAGGAUCUCCGAUCGGCCAAGAAGCAAUCUGGGAAUUAAAGAAAGAAUUAGGAAGUGGUGAUAUGGGCGAUAAAGACCAUGAGCCUGAUGAAUUUAAUCCAAUAGUAGAAGAAUUGGAUAACAUGUUUAAUGAAAUUAUAUUGAAAUAUGAAGAAAUCUGGCAGAAAGAGUAUGAUGAAGGAUAUGUAGACGCCAAUGGUGACACUGAAGAUUAUUUAAAACUGAUGCACGUACUUCCUGAUCUAGAGUUGUAUUACUUAUCAGAAGUAACAAGGAAGUGGAAAAAUCUCGUAGACCAGUUAAAAGUGAACUACCGUGAAAAGCAGAAAGACUGUAAAACAAUACUUGAAGAAUUACAAGAAUAUUUAGGGAAAAUGUUUAAAGAAGUAAACGAAAGAUAUGAAUCUAUAAUGGCAGUCAAGCCGUCAAUAAAAAUUGAAGACUUGAAAAACACACAAAUUGAAGAAUUUAAACUGAACAAUGUGGAAAUAGUUCAGCAGGAUGAAGCAACACCAUCAAUUUCUACAAAUGAGGAUUUGGUCAGUGAGAUGAGUGAUAAUUCGGAAAACGAUGACACAGACAGAUGCCUUUCCGAUUGUACUUCUGAAGAUGACUGGUUGCGAACCGAUUACCUACUUGCUGUUGCAAAUGAAAAGAACAAAAAAAUCCCGCCACCUCCCGGCUUCCCUUUACAAAGGGAAAUGGAAAUCAUUUGUCGGCAGUGUCGAACAGAAAGAGAGCCAUUUUUCAUAAGAACAAGAUACGGUGAAGUACUACAAUCAUUAAAACAAAUCUGGCAAGACAGGGUCCGUUCUGGAUAUGUAGAAGAUAUCAUCCUUCCUAACAUAUACGAUGAGAGUAAAAUCGCUGAAGGUGGAAAUUUCGGUGUGGUAUAUUUAGGACUAGAUCUUUGUUCAACAGUUCCAUUAGUGGUAAAAAAAGUUUCAACAAAAACAAUAGUGGACCAAAUUAUAGCGGCGUCAUUGAAAAAUUUAAUAAAGACUUUAAUUGAAUUGCACUCUGACCAUCUUCUACCAUACACACAUUUUAUAGAAAUUAAAGAUCAGCUUGUUCUGGCAACACCUUUAUGUGAGAGAAAUUUGGGGGAGUACAUGUUCACAGUCAAAAGGUCAGCAAGAUUCAAUUUAAAUGUAGCUUGCAUGAUGAUUAGACAGAUCAUUGAAGGCAUCCAUUUCCUCCAUGGUCAGCCGACACCAAUAGUCCAUGGGAAUCUUAAGCCUUCAAAUAUACUAGUCGACGCUCAUGAGAGAUUAAGGUUAUCAGAAUUCGGUAUAGGCACUAUUCUUUAUCAACGAACUCAACCUCAGAUCGGUACUGUUAUCUGGUGGGCCCAGGAGACUUUCUGGUAUUACCGGAACCAUCACAAAAUGAAAUCAAUUUUCAAGCUUCUAGUAAGCAAGCUAUCAGAUAUUCAAGUUUGUGGAAUGAUAGCUCAUUAUAUAGUGACAGGGGGUAUUCACCCGUAUGGACGUUUUCCACAUGAAAUCAUGCACAAUUUAGAAGCAGCCCAGCCGAGGCUAGCUUUGGAACAUGAAGAAAUAAAAGAUUUAAUAACAUGGAUGCUGUCUCAUAAACCACACGAGCGGCCAAUGAUUUCAAUGGUCUUGAGGCAUGUUUUUCUGUGGGACAAAGAAAAACGUUGGAGAUUUAUAUUAACUUGUGCCGGGGUAGCCCCUGAAAACAGAAAGUUGUCAAUAUCAGUAUCACGUUUCCAUGAAUGUCUUGAUAUAUAUGCUAAACAAAACAAUGUUCACACUAGAUGGGUUAAAAUGGUUGAGUGUCAACUAAUUGGACUGGUACCUUCAAAAUUGGACUAUGCGGACACAAUAAGCGGACUUCUUUCAAUGCUGAGAGAUACGUUACCAUCAUCAGCAUCGUGGUUCCUGUCCGUCUUUCCGUCCAUACCCUUAACUCUCUACCGACUUAUUGAACACACCCCAUGGAUGAAACAUAAAGAUUUUUCUGAAUUCGUUAAUUUCGACACAAGAGAUGUAUAAAAACCUAGAGCCCCAGAGCAAUAUAAAAAAGCCUAGAACCAGUGGAAGAAUCAUAGGGGAA